AUGGGGCUUUCCCAAUGGAGUUCACCUCCACCGUCCUCUUCUUUUUUCAUGCAUGCUUUUAUCCUUCUCUGGUGGUGUGGCUUGUUAGUCACCCCUGUUGUUGGCGGGAAUAAUGAGACUGAUCGGUUGGCGUUGCUUGAGUUCAAAGCCAAGAUCACUAAUGAUCCUCUCCAGGUUUUGAGCUCUUGGAAUGACAGCAUCCACUUUUGUCUAUGGCGAGGGGUUACUUGUGGACGUCGACAUCAGAGGGUCAUUGUGUUGGACCUGCAAUCUUCGAAACUGGUAGGCUCUAUAUCACCACAUGUUGGUAAUUUAAGUUUUUUGAAGAAUCUAACACUCUUAAACAACAACUUUCAUAAUGAAAUUCCUUCAGAAAUUGAUCAUUUACGCAGAUUGCAAAUCCUACAAAUGUACAAUAACACACUUAGUGGCAAAAUUCCAAGAAAUUUAUCCCAUUGCACCAACCUCAAAUUCAUUAAUUUCGGUCGCAACCUUUUAGAUGGGGAAAUCCCUACAACUCUUGGCACUUUGUCAAAACUCCAAUUCGUUUCUUUUGAAAUAAAUAAUUUGAUAGGAAGUAUCCCACCUUUUUUCGGUAACUUAUCCUCUCUAGAAGUGUUUGGUGCAUUAUCUAAUAACUUGGGUGGGAGUAUCCCUCAUUCUUUUGGCCAAUUGACGAAACUUACAAUUUUUGCUGUAGCUUCAAAUAGGUUGUUUGGAAGAAUUCCUCGUUCAAUCUUCAAUUUGUCUUCGUUACAAAGUUUUGAUGUAGGAUUCAACCAAAUCCAAGGGCACCUUCCAUCUGACAUAGGUAUCACCCUACAAAAUAUCGAAUUUUUAAGCAUUAUGGGCAAUCAAUUUACUGGACCUAUCCCUAUUUCAAUAUCUAAUGCCUCAAAUCUACAUACACUUCAAUUUUCUAGAAAUAAAUUAAGUGGAAAAGUUCCUUCUUUGGAGAAGUUAAACAGAGUUUUAUACUUUUCCAUAUUCGAGAAUGAGCUUGGAAAUGGAGGGGCAAAUGACUUGAGUUUUCUUUGUUCUUUAACAAAUGCCACAUAUCUAAGGGACUUGCUGAUACAAAUAAAUAACUUUGAGGGAGAAUUGCCCAAGUGCAUUGUCAAUUUCUCAACUACUCUCACUAGUUUGGGUUUAGAACAAAAUAAAAUAUCUGGGAACAUUCCUCUUGGGAUAGGAAAUCUGAUCAAUUUGGAGGUGGUGGGCUUGGGCGACACUAAAUUAUCAGGUAACAUUCCUUUUGAAAUUGGAAAACUUCGAAAGUUACAAGAUUUGGAUUUAUCUCAAAACAAUUUCUUUGGGAACAUUCCUUCCUCUCUUGGAAAUUUAACUCUAUUGAUAAACUUGAAUUUAGAGGCUAAUAAUCUUCAAGGAAGCGUCCCUUUGAGUCUAGUCAAGUGUCAAAAUAUGAAUGAUUUGACUCUUGCCAAUAACAAUCUCAGUGGUACCAUAUCAUAUCAAGUUAUUGGUCUCUCAUUCUCACUAAUCACUCUAGACUUGUCAGCCAACAAAUUUACUGGUGUUCUUCCUAUAGAAGUAGGAAAUUUCAAAAAUUUAGAAUUCUUGGAUAUUUCUGAAAAUAUGUUUGUUGGAAAAAUUCCAACAAGUCUUGGUAGCUGUGUAAAACUAGAAUUUCUAGUCAUGAGAAGCAACUUCUUUCAAGGGGUCAUUCCUUCAUCUUUGGAAUCAUUAAGGGGUCUUCAAGUUUUAGAUCUUUCCAAAAACAAUUUCUCUGGAAAUAUUCCAAAAUUUUUGGAGAGCUUUAUCUUCUUGGAGUUAUUGAAUUUGUCUUAUAACCAUUUUGAGGGUAAGGUACCAACAGAGGGAGUUUUCAAGAACACAAGUGCAACUUCAAUUAAGGGAAAUACUGAGCUAUGUGGAGGAGUUCCAAAGUUCAAGCUUCCUGUAUGCAAAUACAAUAAAUCCAAGAAAAGGAAGUUGACUCAUUCCUUGAAGCUAAUAAUCUCUAUACUUUCUGGAAUUUUUGGUGUAACUUUGGUGGUUUCAUUUCUACUUCUCUUUUCUUUCAAAAGAAAGAGAAGAGAAAGUACUUUAAAUAAUUCACAAAAUUUUUUUUUUAAUGUAUCUUACCAAAGUCUACUAAAAGCUACAGAUGCAUUCUCCUCCACUAAUUUAAUUGGUGUGGGAAGCUAUGGAUCUGUGUAUAGAGAAAUUCUCGAUCAAGAUAGACAUGUAGUUGCUAUCAAGGUGCUCAAUCUUUCGCACCAUGGAGCUUCAAAGAGUUUCAUUGCUGAAUGUGAGGCUUUGCGAAAUAUCAGACAUCGGAAUCUGGUAAAGGUAUUCACAGCAUGUUCAAGUGUUGACUACCAAGGUCAUAAUUUCAAAGCAUUAGUAUACGAGUUCAUGACUAAUGGCAACCUAGACGAGUGGUUGCAUCCAAUUUCAAGAACAAAUGAGGUUCCUGAGGAGCAAAUGAAUUUGAAGCUUCUUCAAAGACUGAAUAUUGCUAUUGAUGUUGCAAAUGCAUUGGAAUAUCUUCAUCAUCAUUGUCAUACACCAAUUGCUCAUUGCGACCUUAAGCCUAGAAAUGUUCUUCUUGAUGGUGAAAUGAUUGGACAUGUUGGUGACUUUGGCUUGGCAAGGUUCCUUCGUGAGGCCAGCCAAGAAUGUCAUGCUAAUCAAUCAAGCUCUAUCGGAUUAAGAGGAACAAUUGGUUAUGCUCCUCCAGAAUAUGGUUUGGGAAACGAGGUGUCAACUUAUGGUGAUGUCUACAGUUAUGGCAUACUAUUAUUGGAGAUGUUUACAGGAAAAAGGCCCACUGAUAACAUUUUCAAAAACAACUUGAACCUUCAUGAUUUUGUUAAAGGAGCUUUGCCCGAACAAGUGAUUAACAUUGUGGAUCCUAUUAUCCUUUGGGAAAGAGAAGAUAUGGAAACAAGGACAAAUGAUGCUCACAUUCAAAAUCAAAUAGGAAGUCCCAAAAUUCUAGAGUGCUUGAUUUUGAUAUUUGGAAUUGGAGUUUCUUGUUCUAUAGAAUCUCCAAGAGAAAGGAUGGACAUUAGUGAUGUUGUAGCUCAGUUGCAUUUAAUUAGAGAAAAGCUCCUUAGAAUUAGAAUCCGCCGAGAAAGACUUCAACUUACAGGAAAGGAAGAUGAUGUUACCCUCCAACUUGAUCUAUUCAUGAAUGUAGCAAAUCAGGUACAGAGGGCCAUUGACCCUAUUGGAAGUUGCCGUAAUAGCCAAAUAAGCAAUUUCUUUGUACAAUCGAGCUUUGAUCUUACUAACUUGUUGGAGGCUCCUUGGGACACACCACACCGGUGUAUUCCAAGCCUACUUAUCCAUUUUUGCAGGAUUCUACAGCCAUUGAUUUGA